UUUAUUCCAAGGAAAUUCAAAACGUAUUGGCAAUAGUUUUUCGUCUUUUCUUUUUAGAAAGCGGUGUCAGCUGUUGUUUGCAAAUAUUGAUGAAAUAAUUUCUUAUAAUAUUGUAAUUGGAAGCCCUGUGUUUUGUUGUAAUAUACGAUUUUAAAAAUAAUGGAAUACGUGGAUUUCAGUGCUAAACGUUCUCCUAAUAAAAAUAAUUUAACCGAUGCACACACAUUCGGCUAUAAAACUGCCAGUAAAAUAUUGUGUUGUAACUGUGGAAUACUGAUAGAGCCGAAUCUUAAGAAUAUGUGCUUCGUUUGCUUGCAUGAGCAUGUGGACAUUACAGCAAAUAUAACUAAACAGGCCGUGCUCCAAUACUGCCGGAAAUGCGAGAGGUAUUUGCAACCACCGGACGAAUGGAUAAAAGCUUCUUUAAAUUCACCUGAGUUAAUGACUUUGUGUUUAAAAAAAGUGCGCGGACUAAAGGAUCUAAAGGUGUCAUGUGCUGACUUCUUGUGGACGGAACCGCAUUCGAAAAGAAUCAAAAUAGAUUUAAAAGUCUAUUUCGAAACAGGGGAGUAUGCCGGCCUCAAGCAGGGCGUCAUUAUUGAAUAUACUGUACAAUAUCAUAUGUGUUCGGAAUGUCAUCGCGUUGAAGCUAAAGAUUAUUGGCGUUGUGUCGUCCAAGUGCGUCAGCACGCUGAAAAUCUAAAAACUUACUUUUAUUUAGAGCAAAUGAUAUUAAAACAUCGCGCCCAUAAUCAUACGCUGGGUAUCAAACCAAUGCAUGGGGGCUUAGAUUUUUACUUCUCUAAUGAGCAAAACGCUCGAAAAUUUGUUAAUUUUCUUGAGGCCACGGUACCAAUUAAAAUAACUUUUUCUAAGCGUUUGAUUAAACACGAUCACAAUAAUAAUGUACACUAUUACAAAUAUACCUGGUCGGUUGAAAUUGUUCCUCUUUCUAGAGAUAGUUUGGUGUGUUUACCAAAGAAAUUACGCCACCAAUUAGGCACUAUGCCAGCUAUAUGUUUGGUUCACAAAGUUACGUCAUGUGCACAUCUUAUCGAUCCAUUGACCGGGCAAAAAGCCGAGUUGAGUGCUAAUCAUUUCUUUCGUUCACCUUUUGAAGCCAUCUGUAAUCCUCGUCAACUAAUUGAAUACAUAAUCAUGGAUAUUGAACCCAUAAGAUCAUCACGUCAACAAGAUAGCUCAUAUAGCCAAAGAAUUUUUGAUAUUUGGUUAAUUAAAGCUACGCAACUGGGUCUCAAUGAGCACGCUGUGCAUACACGCACAUAUCUCGGAUAUUUGCUAAACGUAGGGGAUUCGGUAAUGGCUUAUAGUUUACAAGAUAGCAAUAUUAACGAAGCAGAAUUUGAAAAACUUGGCGUAGAACACGUGCCGGAUGUGAUAAUCGUUCGCAAAUGUUUCGAUAAAACCUCCCGUAGCAUGCCUAGACGAUGGAAAUUAAAAUAUUUGACCUUUGAACCGAUGAAUGAACAAAUGACGAAAGAAAAGGAAGAAUUUUUAGAUGAUAUCGAGCAAGAUAUGGAAAUUUACAAGUCCAUUAACGUUUACAGUGGUAGUUGUGAACAGUUGAAUCUUACGGAGAGCACUGACAAUGUCUUUAAUAAUAAUGUAGAUGACGCAACGGCAACAUCAUACGUGCCAUUAGAAGAGUCAAUAAGCAAAUUAUCAUUGAAUGGUAAUUGUAACGAAAUAAAUAGUUGACAAUUUCGUUUCAAGCUAAGGAUAUAGAGUGCAAUAGCUUCUAAUGUAGCGAUAUACUUAUAUAGACCGGCUGUGUAUAUAUGUAAAUAAAGUUUGUUUAUAAUGAUUUAUAUAUAGCUUACAAGUGCAGUCAGUGCCUUUUGAAUUGUUGAAUAAAUUACGGCCACUUUAGCAGCUCUAGACCUAGUUACACUCAAUAAAGUUAGGCGUAAAAUUGCGUUUAUCCAGGAAUGUCCCACAUGUUGCAGAUUGUGAAAGAAAAUGGGAGUGAAUAUGUAAUCCCAUUAACAAAUAAAGAAAACGAAGCGAAAUCUUCCUUUAUUCGCAA